CUGGCAAGGCCGUGUCAGGGCCCCCCAAGGGAGAGGCCAAGUCUCGUUAGCUCCAUCCCCCAACCCUAGGCUUGCCUGGAGCCAGAAAGUGUCCUGGAGAAAGAACUCACAGUCCUUGGGUUGGGGAGUCACACCGCUCAGCCCCUUCCUCGCCACUCCCACUCCCUCCACCCGUGUCUGUUGUUGAGGAAGAGAGGUGUCGAGUUACCGCUUCGGGGGCUAUAGUUAGCCGUGGGACUUUGCUUAUCGGCUGGAUUCCGGGAACAGCACUGUGCCCUCCCAGACAGUAGCCCCCCGCCGGCCAAACCACCCCUUCCCGUUCUCGGCCUCCACGAUCUCCAGGCCCGCCCUUGGUCCUGUUCACACCCCCGCCUGGGGCCGGGAUCCUGGACCAUCUUCUUCACACCAGAGAAGGGGUGCGAGGUCCCUUUCCCCAUCCCAUUGAAGCCGAGACUACACGGCCACCGGUCCCACAGGCAUCCAUCCGGACCUCUCUCUCCUGUCUCCCUCAGAGAUGAUGCUGGCAGUUCUGCUGCUCGCCUUCAGCUGCCUCAGCCUCCACACCCUCUGGCAGGCUCAGGCUGUUCCCAUCCUGCCCCUGGGCCUGGCUCCAGAUACUUUCGAUGAUGCCUAUGUGGGCUGCACGGAGGAGAUGGAGGAGAAGGCAGCCUCUCUGCUGAAGGAGGAGAUGGCCCGCCAUGCCCUGCUGCGCGAGUCCUGGGAGGCAGCCCAGGAGGCCUGGGAGCACAAGCAACGAGGGCUCACUCUGCCCCCUGGCUUCAAAUCCCAGCAUGGAAUUGCUGUCAUGGUUUACACCAACUCAUCUAAUACCUUGUACAUGGAGCUGAACCAGGCGGUGCGGACAGGCGGUGGCUCCCGGGAGUCCUACAUGAGGCACUUCCCCUUCAAGGCCCUGCAUUUCUACCUGACCCAGGCCUUGCAGCUGCUGCAGCGGAGCAAGGGCUGCAGCAGGGGACCUGGAGAGGUGGUGUUCCGAGGCAUAGGCACCCUUCGCUUUGAACCCAAGAGGCUGGGGGACUCUGUCCGCUUGGGCCAGUUUGCCUCCAGCUCCCUGGAUAAGGCAGUGGCCCACAGAUUUGGUAAUGCUACCUUCUUCUCCCUAAGGACUUGCUUUGGGGCCCCUAUCCAGGCCCUGUCUGUCUUUCCUGAGGAGCGUGAGGUGCUGAUCCCUCCCCAUGAAGUCUUCUUGGUCACCAGGUUCUCCCAGGAUGGAGCCCGGAGCCAAGUGACUCUCUGGAGCUAUAAUCAGACCUGCAGCCACUUUAACUGCGCCUACCUGGGUGGGGAGAAGAGUCGGGGAUGUGUGUCCGCACCACCAGGGGGGCAGCCAGACUCACUCUCCAAGGGGGCCUUCCCUCUGCUCUCCUGGAAGACCCUGCUCUUGGCCCCUGGGGGAUUCCAGCUCUCAGGAGCUGGGCCCUGAAAGUCCAAUGUCUGCCACUUAGGAGUCCCAGGAACUGGUGACCUUCAUAUGAAGGAGAGCUUCGAGCAGCCUUGAGACGCAGGAACGUGGUUUCAGACCCAGCCUUAGCAGCCAUCGCCCCAACCAGGAUGUGGGGGAAUCUGAGGCCAUGGAAGGGUGGAGGGAGCCCUACUAUGUGUUGGGGACUCCCGGGGACACGUAAGGGUAGUACUGUGAUGGCCACUUGAUUAAAUAGUGUUACAGUGUGGAGA